AUCGCAUGUACAGUUGUACACCUGUAUAUAUGUAUAAACUAAGUAAAUAUGUGUAUAUAAAAAGUGGAUAAUUUCGUAAACAGUAAUACGCGCGUUUAGAAACCGCAAAUUUUUAUUUAAUUUUGUCUGUAUGGCUCAGCUUUGAUAUUUUUUUAAUUCAGAAAUACUGAAAAAAUAAGUAUGUCUAUCCGGUCGAGUUCUCCAAAAGUUUUACUUGACAUUAGCUACAAGCCCAUGCCACAAGUAAUGGAUAUGCAAGACAACGUGAUAAAACUCAUUAAAAUGGAGCCACAAACAUACGAAUAUUUGCAUUCCAUGCAGCUGCAACAAGACAUCGUCCAUCAGCAACACUCGCUCUCGGCGACGUUCUACCAUCAUAGCCCACAGCCAUCCACAGCUAGCGCAGAUGAAUCGCAAUUGGCGACAACGCAACCUGCCAUACACGCCCAUCGAAGCACAGGGGAGUCAACAGAAUAUAUGGAAUAUGGAAACAUUGAAAUGGCUACCACCGACUAUAAUAUGUCCAGCCAUGAAAUUCUUAGCACAGUUAAUAGUUGCACUAGCAACAAUGUCAACACAUCCGCAACGCCGUAUAACCGAAAUGGUGGAGCUUCCCCGUCGGCAGCCACCAUCAACGGUACCAGCAGCAGUCUUGCAAAAGAAUUAAAUAACAAUUACAACCUUUCAAAUUCAUGCAACACGCUUACGCACCUAAGCGGCGUUAAUAAGCGACAUCGAGAAUUUGAAAGUGCCGAGCAAAAACUUAUGCCCGAAUCGAAAAAACAACACUUACACCUGCCACAUGAGCAGCAACUAUUCGUGCACCAGCAGGAUCCACAAAGAUUUGUCUUGGAAUAUUUGCCAACAACCGUUACGGACGUCAAUUCUAGCCUCAGUGCGUCGAACAAUAAUGGAACGGAUAGCAACAGCAGCACGCGCUCAUCGCAGUUCGAAUUUGCUGGCCAAGAAAUGUGCGAAAAUAGUGAAGAUAAUUUCAAGUACUCGUAUCAGCAGCAGCACCACCACCAGCAUCAGCGUCCACUGGCCCAAGCGACACCACCGCCUCGCACGCCGGCCAACACUGUUUUCAAUACAAAUGCUGCUAACGGCAAGGACUUGCCGCAUAGCCAACAGCUACAGGCACAGACAACAUCUAAAAGUUUGGAUCAGUAUGAUUUUUUGAAGAGCAACACUUGCUCCAAUGCCGAUCGCGAUGACUUAGAGUUUAUGCGUCUGAACGGCAAUAGCCUCGAUGCUGGCGAAGCUAACUAUGAUUAUGCCAACAAUGAUGAACUGAUGGAUAUACGCGCCGAUUCACUUUCCGAUAAUCAAGACUCAUCUAAGCCGUUCCGCAAGCCACGACGACGCACCAGACGGAAAUCGAGUAGAAGUGAAGAUGCUGAGGAGUUUCACAAUCAACGGGUUAUGGCCAAUGUUCGUGAACGACAACGGACCCAAAGUUUGAAUGAUGCUUUCAAGGCGCUACAGCAGAUUAUCCCCACAUUGCCCAGCGAUAAGCUGAGCAAAAUUCAAACGUUGAAACUGGCGACCAGAUACAUUGACUUUCUGUGUCGGGUACUAUCAACAAGUGAGAUUAGCCUGCUGAAAUCAAUGGAGAGCAAAAGCAUUCUCUCCACCAAUGGACUGCCGAUUGGAACGGCAUCGAUUUUGAAUGCAGCCACAAAUGGCACCGAGACUGAAAUGAAAGGUUUGCGACGAGCUACAGGGGCAUCCGUAAUUCCACCGGAAAAGCUAAGUUACUUAUUUGGCGUUUGGAGAAUGGAAGGUGAUACACAAGGAAAAACGUAGAGUUAGUCUGGUGUUUAGUUUAGGCCGAUGAAGAAACGUAAAGAAUUUAAGUAGGUAGUUAGGAUCUAUGUUUUUCUAAAUUAUUUACGUAUGCAUCCUAUAAUUUAAGAAAAUAUAUAUGUGCCGUAUUGUAUAAAAUAUGUUUAGCAUAAAAUAUGACAAUAGUAUUCUCAUUUAAACUUUCCAUUAAACACUAAGUAUAGUUUAUUUGAAAAUGAAAAAAGUAUUUAUAAGAUUUAGAUAAUCAACGCUUGUGGUUAAAUUCUUUUUAUGUGCAUAUUUCUUAUAAUAACUAUUUAUGAAAGCUAUUACACUGUUAUUAAAAUUUGUAUUACUUCA